UGUUAACUUAACAUGCAUCUCCUUGUACCUAAUUCACAACCAACCCUUUUACAAAUCCUAGAUCCACGACCCAUGUGAACCGUCAUAUCGUCCGAGUUACCUUUAUCCUCAGCUGUCUUAUUGGCCUGCUAUUUUCUCCUCCUUCGCAUGAAAUAAAUUAAAUAGUACUAUGGAUUUCCUCAAAUCCGCUGUCGCCUCCGCCAUCUCCCAGGGGCCGCCUUUCCCCUACUCCUUUGGCGACAAGGUUGAUAUAGACGCCUCCAUCUGGACACUGUAUAAUGGUACGAGACGAGCCGAUGGAUCCAAUUGCAGCAUAUUUGCUUUCGAUAUACCCUCCAAUAAAGCGCGACUCCCCCUCGCGAAGAAUGCCGUCAAGAAGCUGCGCACGAUGCGGCAUCCAGGUGUUAUUAAGGUCCUAGACACCGUCGAGACAGAUUCCUACAUAUAUAUCGCAACUGAAAGGGUAGUACCUCUGAGGUGGCACGUUAAGAGAAAGAGCUUAAGUCCCGAGACUAUCAAAUGGGGUUUGUACAGCAUUGCGCGCACCGUCAAGUUCAUUAACGACGAGGGUUCCUCUGUCCAUGCCAGCCUCCGGGUCGCAUCGAUAUACACAUCCGAGAGUGGCGAAUGGAAACUAGGUGGUUUCGAGGUAUUGAGUAAUGUCAAGGAUGACGAUGCCGUAGUAUAUAAGUACGGAAGUCUAGUGCCGGAUGCCGCAAGAUACACACCACCAGAGCUCGCGCGCUCGGGUUGGGAUGCGCUCAAGAAGAGCCCCCAUUCGGCCGUCGACGCUUAUAACUUUGGCACUACUAUAUUUGAGGUGUUUAAUGGGGAUUUCAUGGGCGCGGAUCAAGCAGGACAGACUAAGAAUAUUCCGCCCAGUAUGCAUGCGGGUUACAAGAGGCUUGUCAAUGCGAACCCCAAGGCCAGAAUUACAGUGGGAGCAUUCCUAGAGCAAGGGCGGCGAUCUGGCGGUUUCUUCGACUCACCUUUAAUCAAGUUGACCGAGGGAAUAGAUAAUCUCGGUAUCAAAUCCGAAACCGAGAAGGAACAAUUCUUAGAUGAUCUUGACCAACUUACAGACGAUUUUCCAGAGGAGUUCUUUAAGAUGAAGGUAUUACCAGAACUACUCAAGUCGGUUGAAUUCGGUGGAGGCGGGCCAAAAGCGUUCGGUGUUGUCAUGAAGAUAUCUACAAAGCUAUCAAAUGAGGAUUUUGAAUCUCGAGUCCAGCCGGUUGUUGUCAGACUAUUCGGCAAUCCCGACAGGGCCAUACGAGUUUGUCUCUUGGAUAAUCUACCGGUUAUGAUUGACAGACUAUCCCAAAAGGUGGUCAAUGAUAAGAUUUUCCCAAACAUGGUAUCUGGUUUCGCGGACGUGGCACCCGUGGUGCGAGAACAGACACUAAAAUCCGUUCUCGUCGUCAUAUCUAAGCUAUCAGACCGGACGAUCAACGGCGAAUUGCUAAAACAACUCGCCAAGACGGCUAACGAUGAGCAGCCUGGUAUUCGGACGAACACUACAAUUUGCUUAGGCAAGAUCGCCAAGAAUCUUGGGGCUUCAUCACGAACCAAGGUUCUACUCGCUGCAUUUACUCGAUCGCUUCGAGACCCCUUUGUACAUGCUCGAAAUGCCGCGCUCCUAGCCCUUGCAGCCACAAGUGAAUAUUUCACCGAAGAGGACUGCGCGGUACGACUUUUACCGGCCAUAUGCCCAUCCUUACUCGACAAGGAAAAACUUGUCCGAGAUCAAGCCAACAAGACGUUGGAAAUUUACUUACAGAGGGUUCGCAAGGCUGCAGACGGUAUGCCUGAUACGGUCCAACCACCGCCUCAGACAACCGAAGGUGCCGGUCCGCGAAUGAGUACGCCGCAGCCGAGUGAGGCAUCUUCUUGGGCCGGGUGGGCAAUUUCAUCCUUUACCAACAAGUUGUCGGCUGCCUCCGGCGACAUGCAAACUGCGACAUACAUGAAUGCCCGGGUUACAUACACCGAUCCCGACCCUAACAGACGUUUCCUGCCAACAACAGUCCCGGCUUCCGCAUUUCACCGCCAGCCUGUUAGGUCUCCAUCGCCCUCCCCGCCUCUGUCACGAAACACGUCUACUUCUGCGGCCGAGGCUUAUUUCAAGGAUCCCGAACCAGUAGACGAUGACGCAGGCGAUGCUUGGGGUGAUAUGGGUGACAUGGAUGAUGACGGCAACGCAUUUUUCGAUGCGUCCAGCGAGCCGACAAAGCCCGCGAAGAAAGAGCCGGCAGCGUCACCAAAGCCGUUUGAUGACGGCUCGGAGCCCGACUUUGCGGGAUGGCUAGCGGCACAGGCAAAGAAGAGUGGUCCUGGUGGCGGGAGCAAGCCCCUUCCGAAAGGUCUCACCAAGACAAAUGGCAAAGCAUCUACCCCCGCUGCCACCAAGAAGCCCCUCACAUCCAGGCCAGCAGCGAAGGUAGUGGCGAAGAAGAUUGACACGAAACCGAAGGAAACAGAUGACGACGACGGAUGGGGAGACGGGUGGUAGUGUUUUGCUAGGAUGUAGAUAAGGAAAAGCAAUGUUUGGUUCAGAUGGAAGGGCAAGGACAUUGCAAGGCGUUUUGGUGUACGGAUUAUGGGCUCGGACUUAGAUAUCCGAGGGUUGAUUGCUUUCCAGCAUACCAGGCAAUAAGUGAUCAUUGCCGAAUCUAAGCUCUAAUACCAAUAGUGGCGAUAGACAUAAUAAAUACCUUACCUUAUAUAUAAAUCACAG